CAUCUCAGAGAUCAGGCGUGAUCACAUCUGAUCAGCAUAAAUUCUGCUGAUCUGAGAGCAGUCGCACACAGACGCUGGACGGGACCAGAGCGACAUCAUGAAGCUGCUGAGGCACGGCAUCUACACUCUGCUGGUAUGUUGCAGUGCAUUGUGGGUCGCUCACUCCGAGGUUGAAACUGAAUCCGCCACCGAAUGUGACGCCACGUUGACGUUCUCCUCCGAGAUCACAAGCUUGACUGGAGGAAACGGGGACAUCCACAGCAGAUCUCUGUCUCCGUGGAACUGGACGCCAAACACGGAGAGAAACCGAAUCCCCAGGACGCUCUGGGAGGCCGAGUGCAGUACCAGCUUUUGUUCCAGUCCCAUCCCGGGACAGAAGGACCAAAAGGACCUGAACCCGCUCCCCGUCUACCAGGACGUCCUGGUCCUGACCUCACACAAUGGCCGGCGCUGCUACAAAGCAUCGUUCCGCUCUGUGGCAGUCGGAUGCACCUGUGUUAGAGCCCAGACCAAUUAGAAGUGAAGCACAGGACACAGAAAUAUUUCAAAAUAAAAGGAGCUAAAAAAAAUAAGCUAAUUGAAA